GCCACCCGGACUCGGACUGGGUUGAGACUUGCUUUGCUUGGCUUGGUACUGGUUGGCCUGCCCCGGCCCUCCAUGAUGCGAAUGGAAAAAAGUGCUUAGAUCGAGAUCCGUGACUGACUGUAAAGUACAAAUACUGGGAAGGAUCCAAUGCCAGCUCCAAGUGUGACUUUCUCUCUCUCCAAUCGAAGCUAUUAAAUACAUCCAUCUCUCCCAACUCAACAAACCAAACAAACAACCUCUUUCUCCCUUUCACAACCACCACAAAUAAUCCAAAAUGUCUCUGCACUACCUUCCUCCCGUCAAGCCCUCCGCCAUCGCUCUGGGCACUGCUUUCAACCACGGUGUUGAGCUCGCCGUCCUCGCCCCCAUCUUCGGCCAGACCUACCAGCGCGCCAAGUCCUCAAACACCAAGGAGGAGUUCAUCCGCUCCAAGGAGGCUUCUGGCGCUGCUCUCGCCUGGGGUUCUUCCCUGACCGGCUCUGCCCUCCAGGCCUACGGUGUCGGUGCUCUCAUCAACGCCACUGGCACUCUCACCUACAAGGGCGCUGCUUACCUCGGAGCUCUCAUCUUCUUCGCUACCUCUGCUCCCGGCUACGUCUCUCAGAUCUUCGUUGAGAAGCGACCUCUCGACACCGUCGGCGUCAGCCUGGCUACCAAGCUCGUUGAGACCCUCGGUCUCUCCGUCUUCCUCACUUGGUGGGGAACCCGAACCAACCCCUUUGAGUAAGGGAUUUCUUCUCAUGACGAAUGUUUUUAAUCUCCCCAUGUUCGGGAUGGGGUUUUCAUGAAUUUGUUAUACCGAGGCUUCGGGCCCGUGUGAGAUAGUAAUAGGCACGGGGACAUGUACCUAUAAGAAAGCCAAUAAGGCAAAGUAAUACCAAACAAAUGAACAAACUUAAGUUCC